AGUGGGUGGUGGAGUCACCGUCACCCAGCUGGUCACACCACCGUCGACAUACUGCCUGCUGGGAUGAAGCUCGCCACCGGAGAACUACAGAGAUUGUUACAAAUCUGAGAUCACCCACUAUCUCGUCGAGAACUCGUCGGAGAGAUCACUUAACCCACAGUUAGUUUCCAGGAGCAGGGAGGAAAGAGGCGCGCUGCCAAGAUGAUGGAAGAAAUAGAUAGAUUUCAAGUGCCCAGUGCCGUGCAGGAGGCGGAGAUGCAGGCUGAGAUGCAGCCGCUGGACCCGGCCUCUUCCACGGCCUCAGAGGCGGACUCCGACACCAGAGAGGGGGAACCUGUCACCAUCAACUACAAGCCGUCACCCCUGCAGAUGAAAAUAGAGAAACAGAGAGAGUUGGCUAGGAAGGGCUCAUUGAAGAACGGCAAUGCUGUAGGUAGUCCAGUCAACCAGCAGCCUAAGAAGAACAAUGUCAUGGCCAGAACACGGUUGGUAGUGCCAAAUAAAGGCUAUUCGUCUUUAGACCAGAGCCCAGAUGAGAAGCCCCUGGUGGCCCUAGACACAGACAGUGAUGAUGACUUUGAUAUGUCUAGAUACUCAUCGUCGGGAUACUCCUCUGCCGAGCAAAUCAAUCAGGAUCUGAACAUCCAGCUGCUGAAAGAUGGUUACCGCCUAGACGAGAUCCCUGACGACGAGGACCUGGAUCUGAUCCCGCCCAAAUCAGUCAACCCCACCUGCAUGUGCUGCCAGGCAACCUCCUCCACCACCUGUCAAAUACAGUAACCCCACCCCUCUGACCUCAUGCCCUUUCCCCCGAUCCACACAAUAUAACCCCCAAUCUUCAUCUGCUGUGAGUUUACUUCGCCGCCACAGUGGUGACAGUGAAGCAUUGGUAGAGUAUUGUAAUGACAGUGCUAUGAUGAUAAUGACAAUGAGAAAUAAUCAAAUUAACAUAUAGAGUGUUUGGUUUAAAAUCCAGGAGAAGGGACACAUUUGAAAAAAAUUCAAUAUGUAUUUAAAAUAUGAGUAAAAGUGGUGGUUUCCUCCUAUGGUAGGACGUGCACUUGUGUUUGAGAGCCCUUCUCCUGGUGAACAUGAUGUAACAUAUUAGCAGGCAGUAAACAGACGGUAAAUUGAUGCUAUAAAUUAAUGCUCUAAUGAACUCCAUUUCCCUGAAGAAUAAGAAACAUCAUAACUGCUGACUCAACUGUACUGCUUAACUUACUGGAAUCUGGGUUGCGUUUUUGCAUUUUUGUAGUUCCUUUUAUUUAUUUUUUUUAUAAUUCUUUUUUUAAACCUGACGGAUAAGUAUGAUUGUAUGUGUUGACAUGGCGAUAUUUUAAAAGUGUGGGCUGUGGUGUCAGUGUCCAAAUAGAGGAUAUCUGGUACCGUAUUCACUGUACUGUACAGGGUUGUUAUGUAGCACAGGCCAGGUCGUUUCACUCAUUCACACCACCCUUAACACUUUUUUUUUUUUUUUUUUUUUUUUUUUUUUUUUUUUUUUUUUUUUUUUUUUUUUUUUUUUUUUUUUUUUUUUUUUUUUUUUUUUUUUUUUUUUUUUUUUUUU